CUGUGAAGCAUUCGGUGUAAGAAACUUCUUUGUACUGAUUUGGAACUUGCAAGAAUUUCUUAUUGAAAUCUCACAUAUUAAAAGCUUUAUCGAGUCAGUGCACUUUAAGGACACACAAGGCAGUAGUCAAUUCCAGUUCAUUGGUUCCUUGUAAGAAUAUCUCUCAUAUGUAUGUAGUGCGGUGCGACGUGACAAAAAAAUCAAAUUGAUUGCCUAAAAAUCAUUUUUACUAUCAUUAUUAACGUAAUUUGUUAAAUGGCUUAAGGCAUCAGAAACAAAGUGAAACUUGCAGAAAGAUAUACUUUUUGUUGUAAUAUGACUUCAGCACUGGAUACACUUUUGGAAGCAGCUAAAUAUAUAGAACAGCAAGAGGAAUUGUCUAGGCAACGAUCCAUAUCAACAUCUUCAAGUCAAGUUACAUAUGCCACAACGUUCCCACCGCUGCUGAGUGGUGCUCAUGAAACAUCUACAGCGCCCCGCAUUUUGUCCAACAACACAAAUCAACCGACCAACAUAGUUCGAUAUGUGCACAAUCAACAGGCAACAUCGCCCUUGGGGAGUCCUGUGCUGAAUAGCAAUACCACAGCAAAUACUGGAAACUUGCUUUUAUCGCAGCAUCAACAAUUUCCAACAUUGAUUCGUCUCGAUGGCAGUGGUUCAGAAGAACCCCUCCUAAAUGGACACACGCUCACCACCCCACCGCUUGUGGUGUUUAGCCAUCCACCGCAGCAGCAGCAUCAUACUCACAGUGGCAGUAGCACCCAAUCUUCUCCACAGUCAUCAUUUGAGUUGUCGCGAAGUCGCAGCUCGUCUGUUUCCUCCAAUCAUCCUGUCGUUGGUAAUGGUGCAACGACAACGCUCAUUCAGCAUGUCCUCGUGGGAGGAGGUGAGGAUACUUCGCAGUCGAGUCUCAAUUUGAAUGGAUCUAGCGGAUACUUUAGCGGUAGUAGUGUCACAUCAGUCUCUGGCCUCAAUCUCACAGCAGCAACUGGUGGAAAUGGCAUAACCGCCAGUACUGUGUCUGCCAUGACACACAAUGGUUCUGCCACAUUGGAGCAAAUCCAGCUACAAAUUCAGUCAACGCCGACAGGACGACGACGAACAACGAGUACAAACAGUAAUGGUGGAACCCAACGUAGCCCAUGCAUUCUCAGGGCGGGCACACGUGAAGUGCACAACAAGUUGGAGAAAAAUCGCCGAGCUCACCUCAAGGAAUGUUUCGAGCAGCUGAAGAAGCAAUUGCCGCAGAUGCCAGAGGAGAAGAAGACAUCCAAUCUCUCUAUUUUAAGUGCCGCCAUCCGCUACAUACAGACACUGAAAAGGAAAGAGCGUGAACUGGAACAUGAAAUGGAGAGACUGGCUAAAGAAAAAAUUUCAUCUCAGCAGAGGAUUAUUGUCCUCAAGCGAGAAUUAUCGUCACAAUAUGAAAACAUUGACUUCUCCACCAUUCUUCCGGAGUCAGAUAUUCCUACAAGCAGUAUUCGAGAACGAGAGUCUUCGACUGAGCCACUAAUGCCCUCGAGUUCUAUAGCUCCAGUACGUUAUGGAUCUUCAUCAUCAUUGGCAAGUUUAACAAAUGUCAUGUCACCGAGUCCUGGUCCUGUGCAAAUAUCAAGUGGUCAAAUUGGUUCACCUGUGAUUGCAUCGCCUACGAGGAAAUCUACAGUCUCACCCCAUCCAGCAGGUUCUUUGAGCUCGCAUACACUAAUAACACCGAAGAAUUUAUUCUCCACAACAACAGCUUCGUUGAUAACAGAUCCUAUCUCUAGUGGUUUAAUAUCAUCGACGGCAGUAAAGAUAGCAAUGCCGGGUGGGGCGACUUUUACGAAUCCCCAGUCAAUUGCUACUAUUGGCGCUCUGAAUUUUACUACAACAGAAGAAAUAAAUUCGGGCAUGCUAACAGCUACAAAUUCUUCAAUUCCACUCAGUCUCAAUUCCACACAUCAUUCCCAGGCGCUGCAAAUAAUAAGCACCGCAGCCAGUGGGAGGGAUUUAAUGGGGAAGAAUGGGAUAAGGAGUCAAACGGAACUGAGGGAUACUUCCCCACCGAGUCUCGUAAUCAAUGGCAAAGAGCAACCAAAGUUGGAUCUUCUUACAACUGCCGCUGCCGGUACUACGAAAUUGGAUACGGAACCACCGACAAAGGUGAUUAAGUUGAUCAAUGGGAGCAUCGCUCUGGCAUCUGUUGACAAGGAGAGUAAAAUCAUUCCAUCCGGCCAGUUGACGUUGUCGCAAAUGAUGGGUGGUAGUAGUUUGGUGGUUAGUCCCAUUCCUUUUCUGACCCCAUCGCAGAGUCUUCGUGUGAUUGGGUCAUCGGCAAAUGGAUUAGCUACCAUUGAAUUGAACCCCGCCAGUGCAUCGACACGGACUCAAGGACACCAUACAGUUCCUCAGACGAGUGCAGCGCAAUUGCACAAAUUGCUGGCCACAGGGCAAACUGCAGCAUGUACCACCACAAUGGUAUCCACAUCUGGUGUGAAUACUUCAGUUCCAUCCGUGCAACCGGAGCUGGCUCGGUUACCGGGUGGAGCAGAGUUGAAUGUUCUACCCACAGGACCCAAUGGGGCCAUCUAUCGUGGCCAAAGUGGCAAGUUGGCCAUAGUUAACAAUGGUUUUCCGCUGAAAGGAAGUGAAACAACCAGUGCCAAUAAUCGAGCUGUCCAUGUCGUAACGCCAAUUCAAUCAAAUUCAACACCACUUUCGGGCCUAACGCCCAUUAUGGUUUCUCAGGGACAAGGUACAGCCAGCCUUGCUCACAUUAUUGCCUCGACCUCACAGCUGACAGGAAAGGUCGUGACUACGCCAUUGUCCAUGAAUGGACAAGGUUUGCCCUUGGUUCCGGGCACACAGUACCUGAGUACAACCGUCAUGAAACCGAUGGUUGUCGCCAUGGCCAGCAGCAGCAACAAUCCAGCCAGUAGUGCUGCAACAUUAUCCACAACCACCCCGAGCACAAAUGGCCUCCCACCGAGCACCUCCAGUGUUGUCCUGCACACCGUGGCACCCACCACGAUGGCUACCAAUGAGAUGACAAAUUUUGUGAGUGGUCCAUUAAACUCCGGGCUAUCGUUGAAAAGGUUUAUUUUGUAAAACUAAAAAUAAAGCAGCACAGAGAAAAGAUACGCUAGAUGUAGCACACAUUAUGCGCCACAACGCAUUUUUGAUUAUUUAAUUUUACAAAAUAAUGAUCCAAAGAAUUUAGUUCAAUCAACUUAUUAAUGGAUAAGUGCUAUGAAAAUCAUUCUACACGCAAUGAUAAAGUCCAAUUGGUUGGUUUUUGUUUAUUUUCUUUUGGAAUAGUAAUGAUGAGGAUUGUUUUCGUCUGGCUAAUGUUUGUUUUCUUCUAUGAUGAAAUUUAAAGUUUAAAUUAAAAACUAAAUACUAUAAUGUAUUUUUUAUUGAUUUUAUGCCAGGAUAUAUUCAGGUCUAAUUUCAAUAAACCAUAAAUUCGAGAAUUUUUUAUCUAUAUAGGUAUGUACCUCACACACAUCUCUUAAUUUUUCCAACAAAUCGGUCAUUUCACUCUUUCCAUAUUUUCUAUCACAACAAAACACACUACAUAUUUGACAAAUAGCAUAUUACAUUAUGCUGAUACUCAAUAAUAAGGAAAAUGUAAAUUAUUACUUUUAAAUUAAUCUAGUCCAAUAUUUUUUUUACAAUUUUCUUUCAAUUCUUUCAUUAAGUGCACCGAUUUAUAGAACAUAAAAAAAAUAGGAAAUAAUAUCAUUUAUUUACGACACAAGAAAAAGUUUUUACAAAUUAAAAAAAAAAUCAGUUACGCUUUUUACUUCAAAAUUUAUUUAUGUUCUCAUUAUACAUCUAUGUAAUUUUCUUCUUACUUACAAAGAAAGAAAAAAAUGCAUUUUACCACCUAAUUAUUUUUAAAAAAUAAUUUUACGUUUAAUUUUAAAUGUCUAGCAUUAGAUAUCUAUUUUUUCCUUUAGUGUAAACUGAGAAUAAAGAUUCGACAGGAUAUAGUGAAAAAAAUGUUUUUUUUUCUUCUUCAUAACAAAGAAAUUUCUUAAGGAAAACAAGAGGUGAAAAUAUUCUAUAAGCGUAUCAACCUUUUCAACGACACGGAUGAAUGGCCAACUUAUUUAAGACCUUUUCAACGAUACCCUCCAUUUUUGACGAGCUGUUUCAAUUUGAAUGAGGGUUCAAAAAUUUGAGAGUGAUUGUUUUUUUUGUGGCUAAAUUAAAAAUCGUUUAAUGAAUAUCUUUUCCUUUUGAAAGUCAUUGGCGUUGACUAGGAUCAUCAGUAAAAGUAGUGUGAACGGUUAGAAUGUCAAAAACAAUUUUCAAAAUUAUGGGAUUAGUUGUUUUUCAACUAAAAUACUUAAAGAAAUUUUCAAAAUGUUGCCUUUGGAUAUAAGUACCCCUUAUGGUUAUUUUUUUAUUUUUAUUUAUGUUCUAAUUAAUAUAAACUUUACUUUUGAUUAGAAGCCCCGGCCAGGACUUUUGAAGCAUAAUUUUUUUUCUCGCGACUUUGUUUUUAAAUUAAUUUAGUAGGUAUAUAUAGAAUCUCCCUUCGAAGAGCUUUUUUCUCUUUCUUUGAAAUGUCACAGCGAUAAGAUGAAACACCCUUAUUAUCUUCACAUUAAAAAUAAAUUAUGUUUUAGCUAAGAAGCCAGAGAUAUGAAAAAAAAAUCUUUAUAAGAAUAAUCUAAGAUAGAAAUACCUACUAUAACAUAAAAUGAAUUAAAAAACUGAAACAAAAAGUGUACAUGUAUCAAUGUGAGUGUGUGUAAAGGAAAAAAUGUAAAUAAAUCUAUUACAAUGAAGAUUAGAAAAAUACAAAAUAUUGUACUACAAUUAUUGCAUAAGAAGUGUGAUAAGAAUAUAAAUAUUAUGUAAUACAGCAGAUUAUGAAAAAAUACAAAAAACGCAUAAAAACAAACCAUU